UCUGUGUAACCAGCUCAUUUUUUUUUAUUUCAUGUAGUAAUUCACUCGAAAUAAUUUUUUUCGCAGACCAUGAAGAUUGCAUUAAUCGAUUGCCGAAACAAAUGUCCAUAUUCACAUGGGAAUUCUUACACUUGACGCUUGUAUUUUGAUUAUUUUUUAUUUUGUUUUUGUUCCUGAAAACAUCACAAACUUUGAAACAAAGCAACAAAGAAAAUUCUGUUAUAAUUUUUGUGUCCAACCAAAAUCAAUAUAGAUCUGUCCCAAAAAUACACGCAUCCUCACAUUGAUGAGACUUAUGUGGUUCUCCUUAUACCAUCUUUCAAUGUAAAAAGCCAUAAGUCCAUCCCUUUUCUCAUUGGAUUCUAACCAAUCCACAUAGCAAUUGAAAUGAAUGACGCCUUUUAAAAAUAAAUUUUUUUGUUCUUUCUUCCAUGUUUAUAUGUAUGGAAUCGAUAUGAUAUUCUUCAAAAUGAAAUCUAAAAUAUUCAAACGAACAAAACGACGUCAGAGUUGCAAUCUACAAAUUUGAUGAUAAUAAUAAUAAACUAAACCAAAUAUCUCGAAUCCAUUACAAAUUGUGUCAAGUGGUCGAUAUCAAUGAUGACGAUCAUUAUUGUUUGAUGAUAUUGACAACACAAUAGUGAUACUUAACUCGGUAGCUAAUCAAUAAUCAUUUCGUUGUGUUAGUUCUAGUUUUUUUUUCUUACGACAAUUAUUAAUUCUCUACAUUAAAAUCAAGAUAGUAUAUCAUCAUAUCACGUACCAGUUGUGAUUAAUGAUGAUUACAGCAUCCAUGAGUGUUUUAUGUUUAACUUUUUAAAACAAGAUGGAACAAUUCUGGACUGAUAUCCAUUCAUAUAACAAUGAUAAUCAAAUGAAUACACACUCACAGCAUCUUGCUCAGAAUUUAAUUCGGCCAUAUUCAUAUCAUUCCAAUAUUCAACACCAGCAUGACCAUCAUCAAGAUAAUCGAUCCUCACCGCCUUUAUCAUCAGAUAUGGCUAUCAAUCAUUUAUCGAUUGAACAACAUCACCAUCAUACAUCCGAAUUGUCUCAAUCAUCUACUUCUUCAUCAUCAUCAUCAUCGAUAUCGUCACCCAUAUCCGAAUCAUUAUCAUUAUCAUCAUCAUCAUCAUCUUCAACAACACAAAAUCAACGACCCCUUGAAUUGUAUGGUGAAUUUUGUUGGAAUAAUGAUGAUCAACAACAUGAAUCUCCUACAAAACGAUCAAAAACACAAUUAACAAAACGACGAAGAUACAGUGCUACAAAUCAUCGCCACCAUCGUCGUCAUUCACAGCAACAACAACAACCACAUCGGCCACACCAAAGACAUGCAGCAAACCUAAGGGAACGUAAACGUAUGCAAUCAAUCAAUGAUGCAUUCGAGGGUCUUCGUGCACGAAUUCCAACAUUACCGUAUGAGAAACGUUUGUCAAAAGUGGAUACGCUUCGUUUAGCAAUCGGUUACAUAAGAUUUUUGGCGGAUUUGGUUCGAACCGGAGGUUUAUCACAAUCACCACAAUCCAAUUCCUCCUCCUCGUCCCUUUCCUCAUCGAAGAGUACGACCAUAUCAAUGGUGACGGCAUUCCAUAAUCGAUAUGGUCUUCAUAGUCAUCAUUCAAAUCCUUCAAGCCAUCCUCAUCAACAUUGUUGUCCACCUCCUGUCAAAAAAAUUCUAAUAAAAUCCCAUUUUUCAUUGGAUCCUUCAUCCGACUCGAACACUACACACGAUGAUGAUGGCAAUAGCCAUGAACAACAAGCUGAAUUGUUACAUUCAUUAUCAUGGGAAUCAGAUGAGAAUAAACGACCGGGCUCGUUACGACAUGGUAAUAUUUUGAUAGCCAAAGUAUGGACACCUGAAGAUCCAAGAGAUUCGACUAUUAUAAUCAAUGAUGAUGACUAUAAUUGUCAUCAUCCACAGCAAUGUUGCUAGGCCUUGAAAAAUUUUCAAGCUCAUUGUCAUUAUGAAUAAAUCAUAAUUUUUUUUUUCUUAAACAGA